CUGAGGAACGCAGUUAGUGGGCAUGGUGGGAUGGGCUGGUGGUUGGACAAGAUGAUUUUAGUGAUCUUUUCCAAUCCUGAUGGUUCUGUACGUUUCCUAGCACAGGUUACAGUCUCUCACUGCCCCACACCUCAGCUGGGGGGAUGUCCCAGGGUCACUCCAGGUCUGCCAUGCCUGUGCCACGUCCCCUGUGUAAAUCACGAGGUGAAAUUAAUUAUCUGUCAGCGUCACUUUGUCCCUCAUGAAGAACACACUGAUGUAUCAGGGGAAUCAACACAGAGCACAUCAGCUGAUUCGGUGUGAUUAACGUGUUAUCACAAGCAAACCUGUCUUUCCAAGAGCAUAAGCUUAGCUUCGGCCGCACACGUAACAGGAAACCCCAACGAGGAAACAUUGACCUUUAGGCGCGAGAGCCGCUCAGACACACGCCUCCUCACAGCGGGGCGAGCCGGCAACCCCAGCGCGGACACUGACCGCCCGGCAGCCGCACCACCACAGACCCCGCGCUGGCACAGAGACCGGCGCGGCCUCUCCUCCCCCUGAUGUCACGCUACGAAUGGGGCGAGCUCUGCCUGCCCCCUCCCCUCCUUUCCUCCCUCCCUCCCCGCCUCCCGCAGGAGCCGACACGCCGCGGCGCCGCCCUGCCCCUCGCAGCCGCUCUGCCUCCCGCCCGCGGCGGGGUGAGCCCUCCGCCGGGCUGCACAGCUCGUCGUGCAGAGAGGGCUGCGGGAAAAGGCAUGGAAGCGCCCACGCUUCGCCGAGCCCGGGAAACGGCUCUCUGAAACCCACGUCGUGCCCGGUUACUUCCACUUGGACGACAUGGGCUGCAGCUCAGAAUAAGGCGGAAAGUUCUUUACCGAACCGUACCUUUACCGCAGGGAGGAAAGAUGUAAGUAAGCGAGCCUGGCGCUCACCUGGUCUGCUGCGAACAACGUGCUGCAUGAUUACAGCGGCGGUGGGAAGAGAGGAGCGAGCUCCUGGAGAUGAACCCCACCACACGCGGUGCUUCUCUGAAGCUCUGAGGAGGAGCAGAAGCACAUCUGCAGCAGUGCUGGAAGUUUUUAAACGUUGCCCUGAAAACACCCGAGAAAGCGGCGCGUCACAGCGACGGAGGCUUGUAUUUCUGAUAUACCAUUAUAAUGGUAAGCUCUAACUGCUCCACUGAGGACUCCUUUAAAUACACUUUAUAUGGCUGUGUCUUUAGCAUGGUAUUUGUUCUCGGCCUCAUAGCCAACUGCGUUGCUAUCUACAUUUUUACUUUUACAUUGAAAGUGCGGAACGAGACGACGACGUACAUGCUGAAUUUGGCGAUAUCGGAUCUGCUGUUCGUGUUUACGUUGCCCUUCAGGAUUUAUUACUUCGUGGUAAGGAACUGGCCCUUUGGAGACGUUCUGUGCAAGAUCUCCGUCACGCUGUUCUACACCAACAUGUACGGGAGCAUUCUGUUCCUGACCUGCAUCAGCGUGGAUCGCUUCCUGGCCAUAGUGCACCCUUUUCGCUCUAAGACUCUCCGCACCAAAAGGAACGCCAGGAUUGUGUGUGUGGCGGUGUGGAUCACGGUGCUGGCAGGAAGCACGCCGGCGAGCUUCUUCCAGUCCACAAACCGCCAGAACAACACAGAACAAAGAACGUGCUUUGAAAACUUCCCCGAGUCCACCUGGAAGACCUACCUGUCCAGGAUCGUUAUCUUCAUUGAAAUCGUGGGGUUUUUUAUUCCCCUCAUCUUGAACGUCACCUGUUCUACCAUGGUCUUAAGGACUUUGAACAAACCGCUUACAUUAAGUCGGAAUAAAUUAAGCAAGAAAAAGGUACUCAAAAUGAUUUUUGUGCACUUGGUGAUAUUCUGCUUCUGUUUUGUGCCUUAUAACAUUACCUUGAUACUUUACUCUCUGAUGAGAACGCAGACGUGGAUUAAUUGCUCGGUGGUGACUGCGGUCAGGACUAUGUACCCUGUCACUCUGUGCAUCGCUGUUUCAAACUGCUGUUUUGAUCCCAUAGUGUAUUAUUUCACCUCAGACAAUCCAAAAUUCGAUAAAAAACAACAGGUUCACCAGAACACGUGAUAACAGGUUCUCUGAAAUGCCACUGUCAGAAAACUUUCUGCAACACAGCUUUCAGACCAUAAAAAUGAAAAUAUUUGAUAGUGACUCUCCAAGAUAAACU